AAGAGGUGCAACGUGGGCGUGCUCGGGCGUGGACGUGCGCGAUGGCCCACAGGCUCGCUCGUCGUAGGUGAUGAACGCUCGUCGCCGUCUAUCUACCGCGGGGCGAGGGGGCGAGGGCAAGGGGUUAUUCUGGGAAGUACCAGCGCGUCCGGCAUCGGGCCUUUACAGGGCGACCACCGCUGGGGACCCAAAUGCCGGUCUCGAGAUCGUAGAAUUCUGCAUCCUGCGGGUCGGAUGCGCGGGCAAUUGGUGCGGAGGUGCGUUCGGUCUUCUGAUCUAGUUUGACAGGAUUCGGGCCCAUGUAGAGCGCAGAUAUCCUGGAGGGCAGCAGCCGGGGUGCACUAUAACUCGGGCGGAGACUUGCGGCAUGGCCGGCCCGACAGACUCGAGAGUGGGAGGAUCAACGCCAGUGCGAAUGUCGUCGUAGUUGAGGCGGUGCAGUUUCUCGAAAGUAGUGGACUCCAGGUGUGGGACGCAGAAGCAUUUCGUUCUCGAGGCAAUUAUCCUGUAGCGAAGUAUAUUUCCUCGGGGGAGUCCCACAGGUGACGUUUUUGGGAAGCAGUAAGCGGCUCAGCCCACAUUCUGGGCCUGGACUCUCCCCGCUUUUCUGUGGCCCUCAUUUCUCUGAACCUUCCCAUCGUGAACUGGUGUAUCGACCACCUACGGAACGACUUUUGGCCACAGCGCGAUUGUGGAGCCUCGAGUAGUUAUGGAUUGCAGGUGGAAACAGUUUCCUGUCUAAAUGUCUCGGAGGAUUUUAUAAGCAAGUCACCGCUGUGAGAUCUUCACGGAAACCAAGCCUUUAUGCCGCAGGAGUUCGGUGAUCGCCCGUGUACCCAUCCCAGCUCAUGAGCCCUCGGCGUGAUGACAUGUUCGGGAGCUCGAUUACCGCUUGAUGAAAAUGGGAAGCGGAGAUGCAUGGGGUCGAGGGGACAUUCUGAGUGAGCGACCCAUGCAGCCAGCGGGGAGGUACUCGACGAGGAAUACCUGGUUCAGUCUCCCGGAGUCGUGCAGAUUCGUCGACAGGAAGGGCAUGAUAGUGCCCGUUUCGCCGAGCACGGGACUCAGCUGUCAGACUGCCAAACGCCCUUACUCUCCCUGGUACCUGGAGCCAGAACUGACCUCCAGCAGCAAGAGACCUCGAACAGGAGCCAGCUCGUGGAACUUGGGUCGGGCCACCACUAGCUUAUCGCUGGCUGCCUUCCCGUGCUCGACGAGCCCGGCGGAAAAUCCCCACCAGAAGCCAUCCGAAUGCCUGGCCUCCGAGCUCGCGAGGAGCACGAGCUCGGAUGCACGUAGGGACUGCGUAGAUCUGCGGAGGUCGAAAUGCGCUGAGACGAAUGUUUCAUCCACCCUCGACAAAGUCGUCGCAACCAUGCCAACGUCGCCGGAGCGAAGGAAUCCCUCCGAAAGCUGGCAAUUCCGAGUCGUGGCGUCCUCCCGAUGUAAGUCACCUUCGCUCCUCGCCUCGGACGUGAUUGGAACCAUCGACUUCAACUCCGAUUGCGAGCUCUUCGCCACCGGAGGCCUGGCCAGGAAAAUUAGAAUAUGUUCGUACGCGAAGAUGACGAGCGACGAGGCGCUCGUGUCAUCGGAUGAGGACGAGGAUUUGUACUCGGAUGAAGAUGACGAGGAUCAGGUUGGCAGUAGGCACUCCUCCUCCAGGCGGCGAGGACGGAAGAAUUCCGGGUUCUCUCUGGAUCAUGGUGAAUCUGCCGUGGGCGAGAUUUGCACGCCUGGCAAGCUGAGCAGCCUCAAAUGGCGACCCGAUGGCUCAGAGGUUAUAGGAUGCGGAGAUUACGAUGGUGUAGUGUCCGAAUGGAGCAUCGAGCACAAGCACACAGUGAGCGAGUGGUACGAGCACAGCGGGCAGAGAGUGUGGAGUUUAGAUUACAGCAAGCUGGCCCCGACACUGUCCGCAUCCGCAUCGGGAGAUGGAACCGUGCGCGUGUGGAAGCGAGGCUCGGAGAAAAGCGUUGUAGUGAUCAGGCCCCCGAGUGGAAACUCUGUUUGCUGCGCGGAGUUCAGUCCGGCGUCCGAGUAUCUGAUCGCCAUGGCGUCGGCGGAUUGUAAUGUAUAUUUGUACGAUCUUAGAAAGUCCGGCUCUCCUCUUUUGAAGCUGUCGAGCCAUGAGAAAGCCGUAAGUUACGUGCGAUUCCUCGGCAAAGAUAAAAUAGUGUCGGCCUCGAUCGACAGCACAUUGAAGUUGUGGGAUGUAUCCUCCCCAUUGGCAUUUGCAGCACACGAUAAAGAAGGCGAUAGCGGGAUGAUCAGUCCCGAUGGACACCUAGAGAGGACGUUUAGAGAUCAUUUAAAUGUCAAAAAUUUUGUUGGUUUGUCUGUACAUAGAGGGGCCGGCAUUCUUGCCUGUGGAUCGGAAACGAAUGAGGUUCUCAUCUACAAAAGCUCGAGCACCAUACCUCUCCAACGGCAUAAGCUUCCAGGAAAUUGCUGCCCAGGCUCAGACCUGAGCACGAGCGGAAGUCCAUUCGUCGGAGCCGUCUGCUGGAGAGAGAAAGGGAAUAACUACUCGAUGGUCGCCGCGAAUUCUGACGGUGUAGUCCAAGUGCUCCAGGCACACCAAGUAGAUUCUAUUUGAGAUUGUUUUGAUGAUAUUGACGUUCAAUUCUCAUGUAGGAGCUAUCCGGCCUCGGACUAUUUAUUCGAGGUCGGACUUUGUCUCCUUGCUUACACUGUUUUUUUAAAAGCAAAUUUAGAGGUUCGCAUUGGCUCCGAAUCUCUUGACCCUGUGAAGGUUUCGACCACAUCAUGGGCUGUCAAUGUAACUGUAGUAGCCUCGCGAAGGUUCAAUUUAAUAAUUUCACAGUUCUCUGU